UUGUCAGAUAAGCAGAGUUGCGUGCACUCCACCAGAGGACCAAAACAAAUCAGCACCUGCCUUUGUAUGAGUUUUUUUUAAGUCUGAGUUUUGUUAAAGCUUUGCUCUCUUUAAAGUCCCAAUGGAUGCUGCUGUGAAUCGGCCAACCCGUCCACACUCUUUAGACAGUGUAAGAAGACUGUCUACCCAAGGCUGCUCUGAGAACACCCUGAAGUUUAUUUGUGAGUUUAAGCCUGGUGACGAGGAUCAAGAUAUCAGCAUGGGCUGCGAGCCGAUAUCAGUCACCCUCCCUGCACAGUGCAGUGUCUACCAAUUGAGGCUACGCAUCUGUAUGGAGGCGCAGGAGCAAAACUGCCACCCAGACCCUUUUGCAAUAUUGGACCCCGAGAAAUACAGCCUGCUCUAUGCCAGGGGUGGCGACUGGUAUGAAGCCUACGAUGACUGUCAGGUUAUCAGGACAUUAGACAUUCCAUGGUCACGUAAUGACCCUCAUUGCCUAUCAGCACACAUAAUAGUAAAACCACCUGUGGCAGUUGAUCCAGAGGAGAACGAGAAACAACAGCAGUGCCUGACUUAUCUGAUCGGACAUGACCUGGAGAAAGAAGCAUCUGAUAGACUUGGUGAGCUCACCUUCACCCGUCGGAAACUCGCAUCUGCUAGGAAACAAGAGCUGAAGAAACGGGAUGACAAGUUGUAUGCCACAGAGCCUUGGGUAACGCAUACCGCCUUACCAGAAGAACUACAAGAAUGGCGGAACAGAGACUUUCCUGUCACCUUUCACUACAUAAGCAGGAUCAGCUUCAGCAUAAAGGCUGAACUCAACACAACACCAGAACUUCUUCUUAAAGUUUUUGAAAGGGUGAUGAAUGACCGAGGGCUUAAAUAUGAUAGCCCUGAUAGUCUCGUGUUGAAAGUUGCAGGCAGGGAGGAGUUUUUAACUGGAGACUACGCCCUGAACGAUUUCCUCUGGGUGCGCCAGUGCUUGAAAACCAACCAAGAGCUCCACCUCUUUGUUGUCCCAGUGUCGCAGCUUCCCUCGGAGGCUGUCAAAUUUGUGGACUGGCCACUUGUUGAUGGUUUUAGUGGCCAGUUCAGUUCCCACAAUGAUCUCAGCCUUAAAGGGAAGGAUUUGGAUGACAUCUUCAUGAUAUCCUUGUGGGACUGCAACAGAAAUUUCAGAGUCAAAUUGCUUGGAUUUGAUAUCCCACAACUUCCAAGCAAAUGUCCUCAGUCUGUUUAUGUUGAAGCAUCUAUACUCCAUGGUAACAAGGUCCUCUCUUCAGUGUCCUCCAUUCCCAAGCCCUUUUCAGAUGAAGUGCUGUGGAAUGAGUGGCUGGACUUUGAUGUUCUCCUUAGGGAUCUGCCACGUGGAGCUAAGCUGGGUCUCACUAUUAACGAAAGUCCUAGUGACAUGUCUGCAGCAACAAGGGACCAAAGGCAGGCACUGAGCAAAGAGGCAAAAGUGUCAUCGCCUUCAACCAACAAAACAAUAGACUUGCUGAAAGGGAGAGGAAAAGUGCUCUACUUUGUCAACCUACUCCUCAUAGAUCACAGGUCUGUUCUGAGCCAGGGGCCCUACACACUGCACAUGUGGUCACACCCUGGCCUGGAUGAUGAGGCCAUCACCUACCAAGCAGACAAGCUGUCAACUGCUACUAACCCAGACAUAGCUGACUCCAUGGCUAUCAGCUUCCUUUUAGACCGCUACAGCUUCCCCGUGGUUGUCCCAAAUACUUUUACCAACUCUGAAUGUUCUGACUCCAGAGAACGAGAGACUCAUGAAUCUCAUGUCCCCCCACCCUUGCCUAUCAAAAGAUAUUCUUUGCCAGCAAACCCACUGACUGAUAAUGUAACUCUCAAAUCCCCAACUACAGCCAUCAACACCAAAAAGCCAUGCCUCAGAAGGUUUCGGGAGGAGAGUGUCCGCUAUGCCUCCAGUCUACCCCAGUACUUGCGUAAUGUUGACUGGAUGAACCGCAAUUCGGUUGAAGAUAUCCACUGGCUACUGGGAUACUGGCAACCUGAGGAACUGGAUGUAACAGUGGCAUUGGAGCUACUAAGCAUGGAUUUUGCAGACGAGUUUGUCAGGAGACUGGCAGUGAAGAGACUGGAGAGCCUGUCUAAUGAUGAUGUGCUGAAGUAUUUGCUUCAGCUCGUGCAGAUCCUAAAAGUGGAACCUUACCAUGAUAGUUUCCUUGCUCGGUACCUCAUCCAAAGAGCUCUGCGGAGCAAAAGAAUUGGACACUUCUUCUUCUGGUACGUCCGCAGUGAGGUAGCAGGGUGCCCGUAUUUCCGACAGCGCAUGGCUGUGAUUCUGGAGGCCUACCUGCUGGGCUGUGGUCAGGCCAUGCUCGACAGCUUCACCCAGCAAGUCCAGGCGGUGGAGGCACUGCAGGAUGUCGCUGUCAUCAUUAAAAACCUGUACCCUGACAAGACCAACCUUGAUUCUACAACUCCCCUCCGGCUUCAGGAACUUCUUAGAGACAGUAACCUGCCAAAUGAAUUCUUGCUGCCCUUUGACCCUCGUAUUAAAUGUGGAAGGAUCCUGCUCGAUAAAUGCAAAGUAAUGGCCUCAAAGAAGAAGCCUCUGUGGCUGGAGUUCUCUCCCAUGCCAUCGCCUACCUCCGCCACACCUGUUGGAAUAAUCUUCAAAGAGGGGGAUGACCUCAGACAGGAUAUGCUGGUCAUUCAGGCACUGGUGCUGAUGGACUCCAUCUGGAAGGAGAAAUCCCUGGACCUCAAUCUUGUUCCAUAUGGCUGCAUCUCCACUGGACACAACAUAGGUAUGAUUGAGAUUGUGAGGAAUGCAACAACGAUCGCUGCGGUCCAGAGGAGCCAAGGAGGAGCAACUGGAGCCUUCAAAAACAAUGCCCUGUUUGAGUGGCUCAAGUCCAAGUGUCCACUCCAGGAAAUUCACUUCAAGAACGUGGAGAGAUUUGUGAAUUCCUGUGCUGGUUACUGUGUGGCCACAUAUGUACUGGGUAUAGGCGAUCGACACAAUGACAACAUCAUGAUCACAGAAGACGGGAACUUGUUUCACAUUGACUUCGGACACAUCCUGGGUAACAGGAAGCACUUUCUUGGCGUGAAAAGGGAGCGAGCACCUUUUGUCCUCACACCUGACUUCCUGUAUGUCAUGGGCAGGGUUGAUGGUCGCAACAGCCUCUACUUUCAGCACUUUAGGGACACCUGCACAGAAGCAUACCUCUCCCUGCGCUCCCACUCUCGUCUGUUGGUGACUCUUUUCUCCCUCAUGCUGCUCACGGGCAUCCCAGAGCUGAGUGCUGCAGAGGAUAUGCGCUACUUGCGGGUGGCGCUCCAGGAGGAGCAGAAUGAGGCAGAUGCCAGGGAGCACUUUCUCCAACAAAUCUCUGAGUGUGAGAAGCUGGGCUGGACUGUGCAGGCCAACUUCUGGAUCCACAUGAUGGGAGGCAUCAAGUAGACUAACACAUUCUGCUCUGCCUUAAAAAUAAGUGAACAUUUUUCUGUGGAAGCUUUUUAGUUUUACAGAAGGUGUAUUUUUUAUAUUUAUGUAAUAUCACUGACCCUUGGGCUGUUUUUACAGGAAGUAAGGGGGUGGAAAACUGUUGUGCAUAAACAAUGUACAUCUGUCAUAAUUACAGUGCAAAUACUUAGAAUCUGCUGUUGAUUGUAAAUUGUAACAUCUGUAGAAGGGUUAUAAUUCUCAUAUAAUACUCAAAUAAAAACUAGGCUCUAAAAAAGAAAAACUGAAAGCAUAUGGUGUACUUAGAAAUAUGACCACCAAUAAAAUAAAAAUACAGUUUAGUUUUAGUCUAUGUCAGUUUGGUAGACAUGUUUAUUGAGACUACAGACAAACUGAUUUUUAAAACCCGUACCAAUACCAUUAGUUUCUGAUUUAUAAACCCAAUAUAUCGGCAGAUUUUUUUUUUUCAUGCAAACAAACCGCAAACAGAUUUCCCUAACAUUUGUUAUGUGGAUUUAUAUAUGACUCUUUACUGUAAUGAUAAUGCAGUUAAAAAUUAAUCUUGUUUUAAUGUCAUAACAAGUCAUGGAUUACUUGUUUACUCUUGUUUUUUUCUCUUUUGAUUUGUGGUGUACCAAACACAUGUUGCCAAGGAAAGUUUCACAAGGCGAACUGAUAGGCAAACUAUGCAACAUCAGCACUCAUAACAUAGCUGAAGAGCCAGUGAUUAUAAAUGCAGAUGUCAAUAUUGGCAAAUAGCUAAUCAAUAUCAGCCAGGCUCUAGUUGAGACUUUACAUGUUUGUGAGUCAUAGAGUGGUGUGUUUGUAUUGUAAUCUGUAUUCUGACAAAAAGUUUGUGAUGUGAUUCCCCCCACACCUUCUUUUUGAUUGUCUGCCCCACUAUCAUUUAUUCCAGAUUAAUUGCCUUAGUGUUAAUAUUCCAUCUUUUUCUCCAAGUCCUUUGUCAGUCUGUCUGUCUUCACAUUCUUGUGUUGUCCUAGAUUCCGGUUCUGUUUGUACCAACCUUUUGAUGUUACUUUUAAACUUUUGUCACAAUAAAAGAAAUUAAGAAUAAACUUCUGAAAACUAA